ACACUCAUUUAAAAAAUAUCCUUCAAAAUGGGGACCUUUUCCUCUUCUUACCUUUUCUUUUUUCCCUACUCCUUGUUAUUACUUCUACUGCUGCAACGACACGAUGACCACUGUAGCUCCUGCCGGCCAAGUCAAUAACAUUGAUAAAAUUCCAACAGAACAAAAGAGUGCAUUUUAUUCUUUUCUUAAAUCAUUAUCUUCUUUUACUGGUGAUUUGUCUUCAGUAACAUGCCCUGCUUUUUUACUUGCACCUGAAUCCUUGAUUGAAUACUCGUAAAGGAGUAUUGGACAGCACAACCGGAACUCUUUGCAGCCAUUCCUAAACCAGAUAAAGAAGUGGAUCGAUUAUUGGCCUUUAUGAAAUGGUUUGUUUCUUAUUUAAAUGCAUCGUAUAAGAAGCGAGUGCCCAAGGGUCAAUGGGAAAAGAAGCCCUUCAAUCCAGUCCUGGGAGAACAAUGGCAUAUGCAGUGGGCGGAUGUACACGGGUGCGGCGAAACGGAUGUCUUGUGCGAGCAGGUCUCCCAUCAUCCUCCUAUCACUGCAUUUCAUAUAAAAAACGAGAAAGCCGGUGUGGUGUUGAAAGGUCACUCGGGUCAAAAGACUCGCAUCUCCAACGCUACGUUGGUCUGUGAUCAGCCUGGUCGUGAACUGCUGACCUUGCCUUCCAGAAACAACGAAUCCUAUCUUUUUACAAGCCCUUCCUUGACCGUACGAGGUCUUUGGUAUGCAGCUCCUUACGUCGAAUUGAUCGGUACGACGUAUAUUCAAGCAUCGACCGGUUAUUACGCUACUGUAGAAUACUCUUCUCGAGGCUGGAUCUCGGGUGAAAAGAACCACUUUAAAUGCCUCAUUCGCAAGAACUCAGCUGGCCCCAAAGACUACCUUUACAAAAUCGAGGGCCAAUGGAGCGGCAAAUCUUUCAUCACCGAUUACAAAACACGCGUCUCUCAACCGUUCAUCGACACGGCUGAUUUCAAGCCAGCGAUAGCCAAGGUGAAGCCUAUCGAAGAAAUGGGUGAAAUGGAAACGCGUCGCAUAUGGCAAAAGGUGUCUGAAGCGAUCCGCAAGAACGACAUGACGACAGCCAGUCGAGAAAAGAGCAUCAUUGAAAAUAAGAAACGAGCCGAGAAAAAGGAACGUGAGGAAGAGGGCGUGGCUUGGAAGCCUUUGUAUUUCAAAUGGGAAGAAGAUGAGCCUACCGUCACCAAGUUACAGCAACAGUUGGCUCCUGUCCUGAAGCAUACGAGUAAAUAUGAUAUGGCCUCUUAUAGUCAAAAGGGUCUUUGGGUCUUUCAUGAACCACCCAAGAAAAAAGAGACAACCACCGAGGGUAGUGUUGCUGCUGCUGCUGCUGCUGCUGCUACCACUACUACUACUACUACAGACAACACAAAGAAGAAACAAGACGAAGAUGACACACAAAGCUCAUAGACCCCCGCCUACUUUACCUUUUUUGAUUUACUCACGAAUACCUUUGCAUGUCCCUUAUCGCCCUUAUUGUGCGUAUUAUCAUUUUGUUUCUUUCUAAUGCCACUUGUACACUUAUGUCUAUCUUGUAACAACCAUAUACCAACCGUCUUAUGCUGCUUAGCAAUUACCCAUAAAAAAUAGGGAAAUCUUUUCCAUGCAUGAAAUCUCUAUUGUUCUAUAUUAAAAAUUGACAGGUUUUGUUUCAUGUUAUCUUUAAUUAAAAAUAAUAAUAAAGUAUAGCCGCCUUGGCGGGCUUGUUCAUUGUCCGAGGAAAGAAAAAAGGAUUUAAAGAACUGAGCUUAAAGCA